GCGUCACGUCUAAGAUCAAUUAACAACAAACGUCACACAUAAUUCGAUUGCGCGCAUUAAACAUUCACAAACAAGCAUGCGAUCAGCAAUAUUCAUCGCCUAGAAUCUCCGUCGUCAAACAGGUUGCGCUCGCGAAUCGACACCGUCUGCCCAGAUUCCGCUCGCGCCGUCCGUCACUGCGACAGUCCGAGAAGCAACAUGGCCGAGCUAAGACAACGUAAACACUUGCCUCCUAUUAAUACCUCAACAGUCGAAGACAUCGUCAUGGCCAGCAUGAACAACAAUAAGCCACAUGCAAUACAGAUUGUCAUUGCGAAUGAUGAUCACACAUUCUCUUUGGAUGAAGAAGCACUGAAUAAUGUGCUGCUCAGAGAGGAGAUCCGCGAUCGUACUGUGAUUGUGGUAUCGGUAGCUGGCGCCUUCCGGAAAGGAAAAUCAUUUCUGUUGGACUUUUUUCUUAGAUACAUGAAUGUUAAGUAUGUGAAUAAUGAGAAUGGUAUGGAUUGGUUAGGACCUCAGGAUGUACCUUUGGAGGGUUUUUCAUGGCGUGGUGGUUCUGAGAGGGAAACAACUGGCAUCCAAAUGUGGUCUGAAGUGUUUUUAACAGAAUUAAAGUCAGGCGAGAAGGUGGCAAUAGUUCUCCUUGAUACCCAAGGAACAUUUGAUAGUGAAUCAACAGUGAAAGAUUGUGCGACUGUUUUUGCCCUCAGCACAAUGAUCAGUUCAGUACAAAUCUACAACUUGUCACAGAAUAUCCAGGAAGAUGAUUUACAGCAUUUGCAGUUGUUUACUGAAUAUGGUAGAUUAGCACUGGCUGAUUCUGGUAAGAUACCUUUCCAGAGGCUGCAAUUCUUAGUCAGAGAUUGGAGUUACCCCUACGAAGCUGAUUACGGCGCGUCCGGAGGCAAGAAAAUCUUAAACAAACGCCUUCAGGUUUCGGACAAACAACACCCUGAAUUACAAUCGUUGCGGAAUCACAUUCGGUCUUGUUUUUCGGAAAUCGCCUGCUUUUUAAUGCCGCAUCCUGGUUUGGAUGUGGCUACAAGUCCUUCAUUUGACGGAAGAUUAAAAGAUAUAUCCAGUGAGUUCAAGAAGCAAUUGCAAGUGCUGAUACCAAUGAUCCUAGCGCCCGAAAACCUAGUCCAGAAGCAAAUCAACGGACAGAAGGUGAAGGCCCGUGAUUUGGUGCAGUAUUUCAAGUCGUACAUUCAGAUCUACAGUGGCAAUGAGCUGCCGGAACCGAAGUCAAUGCUGGUGGCCACUGCCGAAGCCAACAACCUCUCGGCGGUCGCCGACGCCAAGGACGUGUACAUCACCAUGAUGGAGGAUGUUUGCGGCGGGGCGAAGCCGUACAUGAACACUGCCACCAUCGAAGCGGAGCAUCGACGUGUCAAAGAUAAGGCUUUAAAUCAAUUCGCCAGCAAGCGGAAAAUGGGCGGGGAUGAAUUUAGUGAGAAAUAUAGGGAUCAGCUUGAGCAUGAUCUUGAAGAAACAUUCAAUCAGUUCAAAUCGCACAAUGAGAGUAAGAAUAUCUUCAAAGCAGCACGAACGCCCGCAGUUUUCUUUGCGAUUGCUGUGAUUUGUUACUUUGCUUCGGCGAUUUGCGGUCUGUUUGGCAUCUACUCAAUCGCGAAUCUAUUUAACAUGGGAAUGGGCGUUGCAUUCCUUACACUUAGUCUGUGGGCGUACAUAAGGUAUAGCGGAGAGAUGCGAGAACUUGGAGUGCAGAUCGACGAAGUGGCGAAUUUGAUAUGGGAAAACCAUGCUUACUUUAAAAAACGAAAAGCAAGGAAGCUUAAUGAAGCCCGUAUAUCAAAAUUUCGUAGAGACAAGUAUGCAACAGAUGGCUGUGCAAGUAGCUGAAAUGGCGGCGAACAACGCGCAGAAGUCACCUGCGCACACCAGGAACGGAAAAAGCCAUCAGACAUGAUCGCUGCGGAUCUCUAACGUGUCCAACACACCCACUCUCUCUUUGUUUGCCCGUUUUGUCGCCUAUCUCUCCUGUCCACGGUGUACACGCAACAAACGAUACAAAUUCUAUUCAAAUGACAGUACAAUUUCCCCCAACCGAACAAUUCUUGAACCCAUACUAAACUUAAGGCUAGCUACUGAGAUGCGAUUGGCUAUAUAUUUCAGCUAGCGAACGGGAUGAGAACAAAUUACGACUUAAUUUACCUCGAUUCAUCUUGACGAUCUUGAAAUUCACGCUCAUCUUGUAUAUUCGUUUGUUGUUUUUUUAACUUUUAAAGUGAUUAGAAUGUAAUUUUAUGCGUCAUUACAACUUGCCGACGUUUUUGUGGGUGAUGAUUAGUUUUGGAUUGUUGUUUAAUCUUAUUUACGUGAGAAAAAAAAGGGUCAUAGGACUACCCAAAGCAAUACAGAAUACAUACAAAUGUUAACAAAUAGAAAAUUUUAAAGAGAGAGCCGGACAUUAUUCUAAUAUGACACAACUACACGGUUUUUGGGAUAAAAUAAUUUUAUGUAUGUUAAUUGUUUUAAAUUUAGUUCGUAAUUCUUACACUUGCAGAGUUGCCAUUUCAACUAACACGAUCUAAAGCCUCUUUCUCUUUGUUUAUUUAUAUAGUCUAUAAUUUUCUGACUUAUUUAACUCUACUUAAAAUAAGAUCAUUCCGUUGUUGUUGUUUUCUCUUUACGUUUACGUGUAGUUUAUUUGCUCAUUUACAAACGACGACCAUGCGGGGCGCACACUAACGAAAAAAAGGUGUUUGGGUGAACGAAACUUGUGAUUUCGAUGGGAUGACUAAAAUAUUUAUGAUGUGUUAGUAGGUUUAGAUUAUGUUCUUUUGCAUUUAAGUUGGAUUUUUGAUUACACAUGUUAGAUACUUGGUGAACUGUGAAUUUUGGUUUUGUAUCUCGAUCAGGCGUUUAACUCCGGAUUGUUGAUGAUGAAAAAUUGAUUGAUGAACAAAAUGCGCCAUCAAAAUUUUAUUGUGAAAAUUUGUAUGUCGACCAUUUGUGUUUAGUCAAUUUGAUUGUUAUCGUGUAAUUAUAAUGGCCAAAUGUAAUAAGAUUUUAUUUCAUCUGUGAGAUUUGUUAAUGAAUGCGAUAGCUUUUUCGUGUAAAUAAAUAAACGAUAUUUUUAAA